AUGGCUGCGCUGCUAGAUCGCAAGGUGCAUCUUAAGUCGAUGCUGCUGUUCUGUGCUGCAGUACUGUUAGUUGGCCUUUUCUUCAUUUACAAUACGUGCUUGGUGGAAACGAUCAACUCGUACAAAGUACUGGAUGAACACAAUCGCGCCCGGGCCCGGCAGGUCGAGCAGGACGUUGGGCAGGGUAAACGUCCUCGCUACAUACUGCUCUACACGAGCUUCUUCGAAGAUAAUCUCUGGGGUUUGCCAGCUGAAACGCUCCGACCGGACUAUUUUUCGAUGGGGCACUGCCCAGUUACGGAUUGUGUGCAGACCACCAACCAUCAACUAUUGCCGUCCGUUACUGAUUACGAUGCGGUCGUGUUUCACGUGGCCACGCGUUGGGAUGGUCCCCUGCCGGCGGUUCGUAGCCCGCAGCAGGUGUAUGUGGCCGCCGAGAUGGAGUCACCGGCCCACACCAAACACACGCUCAGUCUGGACGGGUCCUACUUCAACUGGACGAUGACGUACCGGCUGGAUUCGGAUGUACUGUUUAACUAUAUGAAUAUUGUUGAUCUGGAAAGUGGUGAAGUGAUAAGCCCGGCGUUGCGUCCUGCCUGGCGCAACGGGUUCUACGAGUAUAGCAACACAACAAUCGCAGAAACAGUGUCUGGCAAACACAAAAUGGCAGCCCAGUUUGUGUCACACUGCGGGGCGCUUUCCGGGCGCGAUCGGCUCGUGAAGAAAAUACAGUCGGCCGGUUUGCAGGUUGAUGUGUACGGAACGUGUGGUCCAUUAAAAUGUCCCCGAGGGAAUUCGGAAUGCAAUCAAAUGCUGGACACGAUGUACUGGUUCUAUCUGUCGUUCGAAAAUUCACUGUGCGUCGACUACGUCACCGAGAAGCUGUACAACGCACUGGAGCACAACAUUGUUCCGAUCGUGUUCGGUGGCGCUGACUAUAAUCGCUUUAUGCCACCAGGUUCGUACAUCAACGUGCAGGACUACGCGACGGUGAUCGAGCUGGUGGACUAUCUGCGAUACCUAGUAGAUAAUCCGACCGAGUAUGUGAAGUACUUCUGGUGGAAGGAACAUUACGCACUCGAGCGCACGAACUGGCAUUGUGAUCUCUGCGUGAAGCUGCACAGUGUGAAUGCACGGGAAAGGGUACAGUAUUAUCGCAACAUUAAGGCUUGGUGGUAUGAUGAUGCUUGCACGGCUAAGUCUAAGAUUGAAUUCUAA